UUGUGGAUGGGUAAAUUCCCUAAAGUCAGAUUUGCCAACUUCAGCUGAUGUAGCGCCACACCAGCCGUCGCGGCGUGGGCGCAUAUUCAGACUAUAUAUCGGGCAGGCGAGGGAAUUUGCUGGCGUCGUGUCAGCGAAGCGUCGACGGACCAAUCGGCGACCGCAGUGGGCGUGAACUCGUAGUAAACACCUGCUUAGAUUGGCAGACGCGUUCAAUAGGAGUGAAUCUUACGGGCAGAAAUAUAACCUGAGUAUUUUUGAUGGGAUUUUUCAUUAUCCGUUGACAGCGCUGAAAGCAAAAUGUCGCUUUAGGCAGAAUAGGCUAGUGCAUGAAAGAAGCAAAACAAUGUCAUACAAAGGAUAGUGUUUUAAUAAGCUCUUUGUUCGAGUCUCCUUGUCUGACUCACCAAGUAGCAUAAUGCCUAGUACGCAUUCUUACGUUUCAUCGGCAGAUUUAAGCAUCUGAACUGGAGAUUUUUUUUUCAGUCACGUGUUUUCAUCCAAUUAACAACUGACAAUUAGUCUGGUGUAGUUUCGGUCAAAACCGUAACAUUUUUUUUGCUUUUUGCACGUAGAUCAGACACAAAAACAUUAUUUAGUUUUAAACGUUACCGUUGGUUCUUAGUCGGGGGUGCGGGCAGGGGGGAAGGCGAGGCAUUGCCCCUGUUACUUUAGUCUACAGUUGAGAGGCAUCCCUUUGUCCCGCUGCUCCCGAGUUUGCGGCUCUUCAUGGCGGCCACGACAUCCACAAAGCGCGCGGGGCGACCGCGGUCGCAGCUGCCCGCCUGCUACCACGAGGGUUACCUCGAGAAGAGAGCGUCAAAGGAGAAGGUGUUCCGGAGGCUGUGGACGUGUGUGUGUGGAAACACUCUGUUUUUCUUCAACAGCCACAGGGACAGCGAGUAUGUGGAGAAGCUGGAGCUCAGUGGUUUUCUCUCCAUGGCGGAUGACGGGAGCAGAGACCGGAAUCUGGAGGCGGCGCGAUUCAGUCUGCGGCUGAAGGACGGGGAGGUGAAACUCACGGCUCCAAAUUUGGAGUCUCGUGAGCUGUGGAAGGGGUUCAUCUAUGCUGUGGUAGAGCUCUCUGUGCCCACCUCCCUGAACCUCCUCCCAGGACAGCUCCACCUGCUGGGGGAGGUGGUGGAGAAGGAGAGGAGACGACGAAAAUCCGCCUCCCUCCCGGCUGCCCCCACCACUCCCCUAUACCUCCCCCUGCUGGGCGAGAUCCCACCCUGCUUCCAGCCCGUGUCCCGCAGAGAGGCGGAGGUGCUGCUGGAGAGGCACCCGGACUGCGGGAACCUCCUCCUGCGGCCGGGCCGGGACGGAACCUCACUGGCUGUGACCACACGGCAGGACCUCAACGGGUCUGUGUUCCGACAUUACCGUGUCUCUCAGCGGGAGGAAGGGGGCUAUGUCAUCGAUGUGGAAAACCCAAUCCCAUGCGAGACGCUUCACGACGUCAUAAACUGUCUGCUGGAGAAAACGUCCGGCACCCUGCAGCCCUUCCUGCUGGAGGAGCCGUACGAGGAGAACAUCGCCUUUGUGAAGUCCAACGAUGAGAACGGAGAGAGGAGCCUGCAAUGGGCCCCCAACAGCCCCCUUCACAGGGCCGCCAGCAGCCCCCUUCAUAGGGCCCCUGUCCUGCCUCCCAAACCAGGGAGGAAGCCCCAGUCGCCAAUCAGAACCUCCCUUCCCCGAAGGACCGCCUCCGAGAGACCUUACUGCGGUUCACCUGGGGCUGAGAGGCGGACCUUCAAGCCCCUGCCGUUGCCCCCGGAGACGGAGCUCCAGGCCGAGGCGCUCGGCGACCGGCUGAAGCGCCUCAACGUGACUGCGCCCCCAUUGGCCCAGAGCUUGUCGGAAGAGCUCAAAUUGAAACUGGAACAGAGGCGAGCCACCAUGGAGUGACCCCGCCUUCACCACGCUUCAGCCAAUCGGAGGAGAGAAAAGGGGCCUGUUCCAGCAUCCGCCCCCAAUCACAAGUGACCUUCCACCAGCUGCGUUUUCCUGGACAACCUGCAGCAUUCUGAGGACUGCCUCGUUGUGUCCGGGGGCAACCCUGUCAGGGAUGGACUGUACCAUUCCAACUGAUUAUGGGGGGGGGGGUUAAUUUGAAAAAUGACUGUGUGUGUGUGGUGGACUGACUUGUUGUCUUCCUGGUCCCCUGGACACCCCCAAAACUCACGCUAACCGGACGGCUGCCGGGCGGCCCGAGACCCUUCUGCUUGCCCCGCCAAUUGGACCUCCCGUUAUAAAACCAAGGGCUGGAGAUUAAAGAGGGGCGGUCCACGUGAGCGUGUCGGCGAGGCGCUCCUCGCCCGGAGGAGCUGGCGAGCCGCUCAGCGAUUGUACAGUUCUCCGCCGACUCGUUUAUUUCGCACUUCCGGCGGCGAGAUCUGCGGCCGCAUGUGAUCCGUGUGAUGAGUCUUAUUCUGUGGUUUUCGACCUGACCGUCUGUGCUGUAACUUAUUCUUUGUUUCCGUGACUCCUGAAGUGUGUGUGUGUGUGUGUGUGUGUGUGCGUGUGAGCGUGUGAGCGUGUGAGCGAGUGAGCGAGUGAGCGAGUGAGCGAGUGAGCGAGUGAGCGAGUGAGCGAGUGAGCGUGUGAGCGUGUGAGCGUGUGUGCGUGUGUGCGUGUGUGCGUGUGUGCGUGUGUGCGUGUGUGCGUGCGUGCGUGUGUGUAAUGUACAUAGUUUGUAUCCUGUGAUGUGAAUUAAUGUAGACACAGACAGUGUGGUUUUCUUCGUGAAUGUUGUACAGCUCCAGAGGAAAUUAAAAGAAUGGUUUUGCAUGCUGAGGACAACAGAGAAAGGAAGUUCGCCCGUACCUGUGUACGCGCUAAAUGGCGCUAUUUAAAUUUAAAUGGUAUUUAUAUAGCAACUUUAUCCAAAUCACUGUACAAUUGAUGCUUCUGAUUCACCCAUUCAUACACACAGUCACACACCAACAGCAAUUGGCUGUCAUGCAACCAGCUCGUCAGGAGCAUUCUCAGGGUUAGGUGUCUUGCUCAGGGACACUUCGACACACCCAGGACGGGAUUGAACCGGUAACCCUCCGACUGCCAGACGACUGCCUUACCUCCUGAGCCAAUGAGGUGACUGCUCUUACCUCCUGAGCCAAUGAGACGACUGCUCUUACCUCCUGAGCCAAUGAGACGACUGCUCUUACCUCCUGAGCCAAUGAGGCGACUGCUCUUACCUCCUGAGACAAUGAGGCGACUGCUUAGCUCCUGAG